CACUAGUUGUUAUAGUUCCGACAAUCAAACUUGAAAAUUAAUGUUAACUUUUAAUUCUAUCUAAACUAGGCGUAAUACUGAAGUGACGUUGACGAUUGAUCAACUCAACUCCUUUUAUAAUUUGGAAUUUUUGUGGUUUUAAAAUCUUAAUGUUUUAAUCUAAUGUCCUAAAAAUAAUAAAAGUCAUAGUUCAUGCGUUACACAUAUUUUCCUAGUACUUUAUUAACAUGAUAAGUAUACACUUUAUUUUGAAAGUUUUAUCGGAUGUUAAUUAGUUUAAUGAAGUAGCCAAUUACAGUGCGCCUUUUUCUUCUCCGAAAACGUUCGAGACUCGAAGUUUACAAAUUAUGCAUUUUCGAGAAGUGAAUUAACUAAUUCGAGUGGUUAAUCAAUUCACUCAACUAAUUUGCAAAUGCUUUAAAAGAGUGCCUCCGAUAAAUAAGUGAUGGAGAAAGAGGUUCAAUCAGAAACUUACUUCCCAGACUUCUCUGACAUUUGUGAUGAAAGUUUUCAGUUUUGGGACUUCAUGACUCAUAAGGAGACUUUAAAGGAGAGGCCAAUCGACAACGAAACAACAUUUGAGAACGUGAGAUCACACAGCGAUCAUUCCUCACUGAGAGAUGACGACUCGCACACAUUUUGGGAUUUUUUAAGCUCUAGGACUGAAAAUACUCAACAUUCACCUGAUUCGCGUCAAUUCAGCGAUAUCUUUAGUGAUAAAGUGGAAAAAAAUCUGAAGCCAACUUAUGGUUCCAGGGAAACUAAUGACGAUGUAAAAGCUCGACAAAAACAUACUGCAUCCGAUGAAUUCUGGGAUUUCUUAAACUCUUCUAUAGAAGAUAAUAAGAAUUGUGCUGCAGAAGUUCAUCUCAUUCCCUGCGGCACUCCUGUUACGAAGGAGCAACUCAACACUUCUUCGUUUUUAGAAACUAGUGCUGCCAUACUUCCUCGAAUAUCUUCAGUUUAUUCCCUAAAUACAACUCGCUCGGUGGAGGCACUAUCCGAAAUUAUUACCCCACUCACAUCUGUUAUGAAUAACAGUUGUGAGUUCACAGAGGCAACUCAUCAGCUAGUAGUUCACAAUAAUGCACCGAGUGAUCAUGACAUGGUAUAUGCACAGAGCACAGACGGAGGCAAUUUCUCACAAAUUCCUCUCAAACACAACACAAAUGCAACUCAUCAAGUAGAAGCUUACGAAAAUCCAAUGAAUGAUUAUGAAAUAAAAUACUACCUUACACAAAACACAGACAGAGGCAACUCGCUCAACAGUAGUUCACAUAGCAUUCUCAACCACAGCACAGAAACAAUCAAUCAAACAGUAGCUCAGGAAAAUUCAAUGAGUCAUUAUAAAUUGGAAAGCUAUGCUGACACUUUAAAACUUCAAGAUCCUAUCAGCAGAAAAUCUCUGAUAUUAAGAGAAUCCCCUGCGAAGUUGUCUACAUGUACGUCUUGUUCAACACUUUCUUCGGUCAGUUGCAAGAUUCAGCAUUUAAAACUAAAGGAUGAGAAUAUUUCACGCCCGGAGAAUAUGGGUGUAAAUAAUGGUAUGGAGCCCCUCUACGUUUCACUACCGAAAUCCGAAAUGUUACAGAAACCUAACUAUUCACAGUUCUUGAUAAUAGUUAAUAAUGCUCAACCACAAAUAGCUUUAAAGGAAAAUGAAGCGGUAAAAAAAAUUGAACAAAACAUAACUGCUCAGAACUUCUCGUCCACCGAAAACCAUUCAUUUGCCGAUGAUAAUUUACAGAGUGAUUUCCGCUUAGCGGGCUUUAGAAAUAAUCAUGUUUUAAACGUAUGCAAGCGAAAAAGAAGUUUCGAUUCACCAUUUGCUACACCCAAUGGCUCUGAAAGCAACUGUCCUAUCCCAGUUUCAUCCACGCCUUUGGACACAGAUACCUUAAAUUCGAUUUCGGCCCGCUUUAAAAGCAAACAAAAUAAUUUCUCCAAAAUAGUUAAAAAGCAGAAUCUAAAUCAAAAACCAAUCAAAUGCAUACCAUUGGGAAGAUGCAAAAAUGCCAUUCAGCAAACAAAUACGCCGAUCAGUCUGGAGGCUUAUGAAGCAAACGCUGAAAAUACUUUGUUGAAACCCUGUAGCACACCCCUACUCAGAGGCGAUGGUGAAUCAGUGAGAAAUGCUGAUAAAACUCCUCCAUCCCUAUCUAAGUCCCAAAGUAAUUCCUUCUUGACAGUUACUUUUCCUCAGAUUCCCAAUUCGAAUGCGAAAUAUGUAAUUAAUUAUCCCAGACAGAGCAUUAUCCAAAACGCCAGACAGAGCAUUGCACCAAUUAUCCCAAAUGCCAGACAGAGCAUUACACCAAUUAUCCCAAAUGCCAGACAGAGCAUUGCACCAAUUAUCCCAAACGCCAGACAGAGCAUUGCACCAAUUAUCCCAAACGCCAAGCAGAACAUUGCACCAAUUAUCCCAAACGCCAAACUGAGCAUUGCACCAAUAGUCCCAAACGUCAGACUGAGCAUUGCACCAAUUAUCCCAAACGCCAGACAGAGCAUUGCACCAAUCGUCCCAAACGCCAAACAGAACAUUGCACCGUCUUCCUGCCAAGUGACAGAAAUUCAAUACACGUUGUCCAGUGGGAUAUUUCAAGAACCUACUUCCUCCUCCUUAUCCUCGAAGUACAAAGUAGUACCUAAAACGAAAAAAUGUCGACGUAAAACGGUGAAAGAACUUUUGGAAGAACGACAGUCUGAAAUAGCAUCGCUUUCAAAGCAACGAAAGGUCUCGAAACACUGUGUCGGCGAGGCUUCGUCUGAAAUCGGUAAUAAAAUCCAUUCAAAAACUGACUGCUAUGAUGAUCCAAAAAAUGAUGACACUGCUACGCAUCAUGGAGGCGAGAUGUCUCAUCAGUGGCCACAUGAAAAGUCGCUUAGACCAAGGCACUAUGAUAUGUCUGAACUACAGAUUGGAUUCUUUAAGGUUCAGGAAGAUGUCGACGCACGCGGACGUUUCCGAAGCAAGUUCAAAGUAUUAUUCAUGAAACGACAGUUCCUGUAUGAUUUUCCAGUCAGCAGAUGCAACCAGCCAAGUUUGAAAAAACUUGAGCAGAAGUGGGAUGAUGAGAUGGCAAGAAUUGCCAUUCCUUUCAGGACUAUUACUUCCAUCCAUUUGAAAGAUCGAAUGAUUCAUUUGAAUGUAGAUUCCACACCUCACUUCUCUCUGAUGAACUCACAAUUAUCUCAACUCGCAGACAACACUACUUCCUGGAGUCAUUUUCUGCAAACUUCCUCCACGCACAAGGUUGUGCUGAGGAAACGACAGGCGAGUAAACUGAAAUUGGUAUUAUGUCAGUUUGAUGAGCGGUUUAUUACUCUGACGGACAUCAUCGUCACUUCCUGCGAAAAUCAAUUUGAAAGUCCUGUCAAGAAGCGCUUCUCUAAAAAUCGGAAAUUUGUUGCCCGGAGACCACCAGAAGACAGUCAAAAUCUGAUUCUCAGUCAAAUGUGCUCUUGUCGAACUAGUUGCCGUUCCAUUCGCUGCUCGUGCGUGAAAGCAGCAAGAAGUUGCAGCUCAACAUGUCAAUGCUCCAACUGUAACAAUCCAUUGAAUGUGCUCGAAACAAUAGGACUGGACAUUUAUAUUUCCCUCAACGACAACUGUCUGUUUCAAAAUAUAUACCAAAUUCCAGAUCUAUCAAAUUAUCUUGCAAGAGAAGUGAGACUUGAUUGUUGCAAUUGUCUUGCUCGCAUCCAGGAUUGCAUUCCAGGGACUGUUCUAUGCCCCAAUACCAACUGUAACGCCGCCCUCCAAUAUUCCUGGUGCCAGAAGAUGGUCAGCUACCCAGAGAGCAACCCAAGAAAUCAUUGUUCCCUCUGUGCUCAGUGCCGCUUCUCCAAUGGACGACAUUGUUAUGUAUGCAAGAAAUGUUAUGCCGUCACCUCCAAAUCGAACAAAUGUCCCACCUGCUUGAGAGAAAAUUCGACACUUCGACAACUCCCAAGGAGAAGUCUAAACACAUUUUGUUCUGAUAAAACACUUACGUCCACAUCUUCCCAACCUCAAAUUGUUGUCCUCAAUGCAUCAUCUUCCGUGCUAACAAAGCCUCCAGAAGAGAUCAAUAAAAUGAAUUCUUGAUGUUAUCUUAA